UGGGUAUAAAUAUCACUUCUGCACAUAUCGUUUGUGCACUACAGAAGGCAACUCACACCUGGACCACACAAGUUUUGAGGCAUCACUAAGAAUUGCAUUGACAGAAAUUUGUGAAGUAAAGGAAUGGGUGGGAAAGCUUAGUGAAUCAUCAGGAGUGAGUUGGAGAGUGGCAGUGACAAAACCAAAUAAGGGACAACGUGUACUUUAUAAGGCUCAUUACAGGUGCCAGCACAAUGUUUAUGUCCGAUCAGACACGGCUAAUCAAAGGCGGCUUUCAAAAAAUACAUGCUGUGAGGCAAAAAUGGUUUGCACUCUGGUGAAGACUACAGACAAAAGGGGAGGAACUAGUAGGAGCAUUGAUCCCCAUAUACCUACUUACCCAACUUCGGUGCGUUUGUACAAUGUACACAAUCAUAACAUCUUUGUUGCGGAGGCACUGAGGCACAAGGAUGUAGGGGUCAAGGCAAUUGAAACCCUGACACAGUUGUUUGAGGUUGGGCACAGUCCAACCUCAGCUCUGGCUGUACUUAAAAGUGACCUGUUGGCUGAGCAUUUUAACAAAUAUGUAAAUGUCUCAGCCAACCGUGCCAUUUGCCCAGACCUUCAGUUUUGCUACAGAUACAGGAAAUUCCUGACCUAUCUACAGAAUCUUUACAGUCGACGUGAGAGUUGGGCUCUCAGCUAUAGGAGGGACUUGCCAACCCGUGGAAACCAAACCAAUAACUAUGUGGAGGCUGCAAUGCGUGUCUUGAAAGACAAAAUACUUCAUAGGACAAAAGCAUUCAACCUGCCUCAAUUAUUCAAUCUUUUCAUUACCCGACUAGAGAUGUACUAUGAAGCACGUGUGACAGACGUUGCUCUUGGCCAUUGGGAGGCAUUCCACCGGUCAAGAUUUCUUGCUACACAAAGUAAUAUCAAAGCAUCGGAUAUUUCUCAGGUUGGAGAAAAGAAAUUUCAGGUGAGAUCAUCCACAUUAGGGCACACAUAUACCGUGGACAUGGAGCUGGAGCUCUGCACUUGUCCAGUUGGCCAUAGUGGGGCACCAUGCAAACACCAGGCAGCAGUAGUGCAAAAUUACAACAUCACCUCCAUCAACUUUCUCCCCACAACAGCUGAAAUGAGGGCUGAGCUGCUGAAAAUAACAAAAGCCUCAGUUUCUCUUGACUUUCUAAACCCUUUACGGCAAAAUAUGCCAACGCCAAGCACAUUAGCUCCAGACGUGCCUCGGAAACAAGAAACCUGCACUUCUGAUCAUCAGUAUCAUCUCAGUGCUGAAGAUGAUGAGUCACAUCAGCUGGACCUGUCUUCGACCAGCUCUACACAACUGCAACAAAUAUCACCUAUGCAAGAGGACCCAUACUCCAACCAUCCCUGUGUUCAGGGUAACUCAGAGGGAGCAUCUUUACCUCAGUCUCCUGUGAAACGGAUGCUGAGACUGCUCAGUGAAAUGGCUGAAAACCCAGACUACAGUAAUGCCAUGUCUAAAAUGGCCAAGCAGCUUGAAAAGAUGCAGCACAACCAGACCCAACUGAUCUCGGCAUUUUACUGCUUUGGUAAAGGGAUGUCAGUAUCAAAACGUGCAGCAGCGUUAAGACGAGCUGCUAGACGACCAGGUCCUAUUAUUGGCUGUCAGCCAACAGCAGUGGCCAGAAGAACAGCUAAGACUGGUUCUAGGCAGCGUUUGACAGCUGGACGCCCCAGAAAAUGCAGUUCUGGUUCAGAGCAUGACUACAGCAGAUAUAAAGGGAAAAAGGCUGUCAGGGUUCGCCACAAAUUGUCAGAAUCUGUGGCAAUGAAUUACUCACAUCAAGCAUAAAAUUAUUUGUAUGACGUGGGUGGGUUUGGGUGUG